AUGAUUGGGGCUAUCUUCAUUUCCGUCAGUGCUUUUUUCAUCAGCCUCGGACAAACGGCAAUUAUUCCUCUUCCUUCAAGCACCGGGCCAUGCGACGUCACCCUCCAAGCAAGCGAGCUAGUCGAUCAGUCUCGAGUCAAUCCCUUUAACCCAAAGGAUGGAAAACGUGCUAUUAUGGUCACCACAUUUACGCCUUUCAAUUGCGGGGAUGUACUUUCCUCCUCCUACCUUCCGAAUGCAACGGCUUUGUACGAGGAUGAGUACUUUCAGUCCUUUGGACUACCUUCAGGAACCUUCGAGUCCUUUCGUAUCCAGACUCAGGCACAGCAGCAACAGACUUCCAGUCUUCGCGGAGGUUAUCCACUUUUGCUUUUCUCCCCAGCCGUGGGAGUUUCAAGAUUGAUGUACACAUCGCUACUGCAAGACAUUGCCAGCAACGGAUUUGCCGUUGUCUCUGUCGACCACCCUUACGAUGCGGGCAUUGUCGAAUUCCCCGAUGGCAGCGUAAUUCUGGGGAUCAUGGCAAAUAUCACAGAUGCACAAACUCUCGAAGCAGUGAAUAUUCGCGUCCAAGAUAUGAUCUUUGUACUUGAUCAAAUUCACAACGAAACAGCGGUCAAGGAAAUAUUUCCUUUGUCACUGGCGAAUUCACAAUUACUCUCUCUUGAUCGACCAACUAUCAUCGGUCACUCUCUUGGCGGAGCAACAGCCGCCCAGACUAUGUUUGUUGAUAAUCGAUUUGUUGGGGGUAUCAAUUUAGAUGGUACACUGUGGGGUUCUGUCGUGAACAAAGGACUGUCAAGUCCCUUCCUACUUUUCGGUCACUCAAAUCACACCCAGGCAACAGAUUCCACCUGGGCAACAUUUUGGUCGAAUCAACAAGGAUGGAAGCUUGAAUUACAACUCGCACAGUCAGAACACUAUAGUUUUUCUGACUAUGCGGUUAUUGUCGAUUCUGUGAGUGUCUCGGUCGAUGUUAGAGAAGUAAUCCAGGCCGGUUAUAUUGGGACGAUAGGUGGUUUGCGGGCUAAGAAUGUCGUUGUUACAUACAUUGCUGCUGCACUGCAAUACUUUGUUUCUGGAAACACAUCGGACUUACUGGAUGGCCCUUCAGCCUCAUAUCCUGAUGUAACAUUUGUGUCUUCCUGA